CGUAACAGUGACAGGUAACGGGUCGCUGGCAAGUUCCAUCCCUAGUUUCUCUGCCAUAGUUAGUCAAAACAUUAAAACAUUUUUACCUUGUCUCGUCUGCUUGAAAAAUGCGGAUUUAAGUGCUUGAAACGCAGCCGAGCAACGCAUUUGGAACGUCAAGAGAGCACUUGGCCCCGCUAGAGAUCGAGAUCCCCCCACACCGAAGCACCCACUCGAACUCCGUACCCCAGAAGGUAGACCACUGGCAGCAGCAUGGAUCGCAAGGCUGAGCUGGAACGCAAAAAGGCCAAGUUGGCCGCCCUGCGCGAGGAGAAGGACCGCCGGCGGCGCGAGAAGGAGAUCAAGGACAUGGAGGAGGCGGCCGGUCGCAUUGGCGGCGGCGCUGGCAUCGACAAGGAUCAGCGCAAAGAUCUCGACGAAAUGCUGUCCUCGCUGGGCGUGGCCCCCGUCUCCGAGGUGCUUUCCUCACUCUCCUCCGUCAACUCGAUGACCUCGGACAACUCCAACACACAGACCCCCGACGCCAGCCUACAAGCCACCGUCAAUGGCCAGAGCGGCGGAAAGAAGCAGCCCCUCAACCUGAGCGUCUACAAUGUCCAGGCUACGAACAUUCCACCAAAGGAGACGCUGGUCUAUACGAAACAAACCCAGACGACCAGCACCGGCGGAGGAAACGGCGAUGGAUAUAUGGAGGACUGGUGGCGUCCACGUAAAGGCACGCACGCAAAAAAAACUGCAGCUCAUGCUACGGAUUAUUAUGAUGAAUACAAUCUUAAUCCGGGUUUAGAGUGGGAGGAUGAAUUCACAGGAGACGACGAAGAGAGCUCGCUGCAGAACCUGGACAAUGGAUUCACCUCCAAGCUGCCACCGGGCUACCUCACCCACGGCCUGCCCACCGUCAAGGACGUCGCCCCGGCCAUCACGCCCCUCGAGAUCAAGAAGGAGACCGAGGUGAAGAAGGAGGUCAACGAGCUGUCCGAGGAGCAGAAGCAGAUGAUCAUCCUGUCGGAGGACUUCCAGCGGUUCGUGGUGCGCGCCGGCCGCGUCAUCGAGCGUGCCCUCUCGGAGAACGUGGACAUCUACACGGACUACAUCGGUGGCGGCGACAGCGAGGAGGCCAACGACGAGCGCUCCCACGCCCGGCUCUCGCUGAACCGCGUCUUCUACGACGAGCGCUGGUCGAAGAAUCGCUGCAUCACCAGCAUGGACUGGUCCACCCACUUCCCGGAGCUGGUGGUGGCCUCGUAUCACAACAACGAGGAGAGCCCCAACGAGCCGGACGGCGUGGUGAUGGUGUGGAACACCAAGUUCAAGAAGACCACGCCCGAGGAUGUCUUCCACUGUCAGAGCGCGGUGAUGUCCACCUGCUUUGCCAAAUUCAAUCCCAACCUGAUCCUCGGUGGCACCUAUUCGGGCCAAAUAGUGCUGUGGGACAACCGCGUCCAGAAGCGCACGCCCAUCCAGCGUACGCCGCUCAGUGCUGCGGCGCACACGCAUCCCGUCUACUGCCUCCAGAUGGUGGGCACCCAGAAUGCGCACAACGUCAUCUCCAUAUCGUCGGACGGCAAGCUGUGCUCCUGGUCGCUGGACAUGCUGUCGCAGCCGCAGGACACGCUCGAGCUGCAGCAGCGCCAGUCGAAGGCCAUUGCCAUCACAUCGAUGGCCUUCCCGGCCAACGAGAUCAAUAGUCUGGUGAUGGGCAGUGAGGAUGGCUAUGUGUACUCCGCCUCGCGUCACGGACUGCGCUCGGGCGUGAACGAGGUGUACGAACGGCAUCUGGGCCCCAUCACCGGCAUAUCCACGCACUACAACCAGCUGUCGCCGGACUUUGGCCACCUAUUCCUCACCUCGUCGAUUGACUGGACCAUCAAGCUGUGGUCACUCAAGGUAAUCAAUGGCUUACCUAGUACCCUGUACCACACACUGACUAACGAUCUAAAUCUCUGGCAGGACACCAAGCCACUGCACUCCUUCGAGGACAACUCGGAUUACGUGAUGGACGUCGCCUGGUCGCCCGUGCAUCCCGCCCUCUUCGCCGCCGUCGAUGGCAGCGGACGCCUGGACCUAUGGAACCUCAACCAGGACACAGAGGUGCCGACAGCCUCCAUUGUGGUGGCCGGUGCCCCGGCCCUGAACCGCGUCUCCUGGACCCCAUCGGGGCUGCACGUCUGCAUUGGCGACGAGGCCGGCAAGCUGUACGUUUACGAUGUGGCCGAGAAUCUGGCGCAACCGUCGCGCGACGAGUGGUCGCGGUUUAACACCCAUCUCAGCGAGAUGAAGCUGAACCAGAGCGACGAGGUCUAGGACAUUAGUUGUUAACUGGUAGUAGCUAAUAGUUGAUACCAAUCCCGCGAUUCUUGAGAAGGGAAUCUGGGAAGGAGCGUCCUUGAAUGAAAUUUAAUUUGUAUUUUUUGUAUCUUUUGUGAUCCCACUGCUCCUUAGUUGUGUAUAGCCCAUAACUUAAAAAAAACUCAUCCGCAGUCCAAAUGCUCAGAAUUCGCUUGACCACACCCCCUCCAGCAAAACAUACAUAUAUGCCCAAGCUAUCGAGGGAAACUGCAACAUUCUCUGGGUAACCAACACAGCAACUGUAUUAGAGGGUUUAUUAAAUGAAACUCGACAGAAUAUAGAUUUUAUUUACACAUAUGCAUGAAGAGCAGUGGCAGAAGAACUAGAAGUUGGUCUCCCCGCGUGUUUAAUUGGUAUAUAUUCAUUCAUUUGUUGUUAGAUAUUGGUUUCAUUCCAUUGCUAUUUUCCCAGCACUGUUUCUAUCGCCAGUUCGAUUCGAACGGCUCUGGGAUUUUUAUGUUUAAUUUCAAUUUGCGGAACUAACAAGAUGGAGGAAUGAUCAUUUACUCGACUGUCAGGCAGGCUGAGAGCACACACAUAAAUAAAUUAAAUGCUAAAUAUUAUAUACAACCAACGUAUUAAGCUUAAACCUGAGAAGAGCAAAGACAGAGACGCAGAGAGUCGGACAGGAAUGGGGGUUCGGGACUGGGCUGGUCUGAGCACCGAAACGGAAGAUGAAGGAGCCACGCGACCCAAGGAGCCCAAAUGUAAAUGUAUUAGAGCGAAGCCUAUUUAACGAGAUUAAAUAAACGUAAUAUCUAUAUACACUAAA